UUGUGCUAGUCAGUCAAUCUCGUUGUGUCUGUUUUAAAUCAUUUUAACUUUGUUUAUGAAAUCGAGAAAAUUUUCAUUAUUUAUCCGGAAAAUACAUGCAUGUUGGUAGUGCUUGCUAAGCGAAUACUAAGACCAUAUUAUAGGCUGAAAACAAGUGUAAUGAUUCGGGCCAAAAAUUACACCAGGAGUGAACCACAGGAAGCGUUUUUGACUUGCAAUAAUCUGCGUCAUUUGCGAAACAAGUUGAAUACGCAGGGGCAAUAAAAUUGGAUGUGGAGUGAAUGUGGGUUGGUGUACUGUGCGAAAACAAGGCAACAGUCAUCAUGCGGCAAGAAUAUCUGUGGAUGAGGAUAUCAGGUGUUUUACUGAGCCUGCUGCUCAUAACGUCCGCUGGACACAGCGGAUUUGCAUCUCCUGGAAAUGAGGAUUGCACAGCUGUUGCAAAAGACGAAGAAACACUUCUGGUGUUCUCAACCCUCGGUGGGGGACUAACGGCAAUAGAUCCGUUAUCCGGCGAAACACGAUGGUCAAUUUCGGAUGAACCGGCGAUUCGGGUUCCAUCGUUAUCCGGAAUGAACCCGCAUUAUCUACCAGAUCCGAGGGACGGCAGCCUUUACACCUACCGGAAUCCGGAGGGAGGGCUGAAAAAGCUUCCCUACACCAUCCCGCAGUUAGUAGCUAGUGCGCCGUGCCGCUCGAGCGAUGGCAUACUCUACUCGGGAAAGAAGAGUGACGAUUGGUUUCUGAUCGAUCCAAAAACCGGUCGCCGGGAAAAAGUGUUAGGCUUUGGAGCACCACUAGAACGGGAUAAAGCUGAAUCAAUAGGCUGGGCCACCUCCCGAGCGGUGUACCUGGGCCGCACGCAGUACACCGUUAUGAUGUACGACAGUUUGGCCUCCGGUCGGAAUUCGCAACCGUGGAAUGUGACGUUUUUCGAUUAUACAUCACAUACAAUGGCACCGGAUCUGACGAAGGAAUACGAGUUUCUUCACUUGACCAGCAGUUCCUCCGGGCUAACGGCAACUUUCGAGCAGAAAAAAGGCACCCCACUAUGGCAGAAGGACCUAUCGUCACCGGUGAUAGCAGUAUUCUUGCUCGGGUCGGAGGGCUUGUUGAGUGUUCCUUUUCAAACCGUAUCGGACGAGGUGUUGCAGGAAGUCAACGAACGCGCCAGGGAUGGGAGUUUCGACAAUUUGAAACUAUUCCCAACGGUGUACGUGGGAGAAGUGUCGAAUAACAUUUACGCUAUCCCUUCGCUGGUAGAUAAAAACACGGCCACACUACCGUCGGAACCGACGGUGCACCUACUGGGUGGCCCACGAAGGGAAACGUUCGACAGGUCUGUGCCGGGAAAGGAGCUAGUUGCGACUGAAACGGCUCGUAUUCAGAAUGAUAACAUUAUCAUUUUGGGACACUAUCAACCGCCGAAAACGGACGAGAAUCUCAAACUGGAUAUAUCGCCUGGAGCACCGGGACGCUUAUAUAAGGACGGUCAAUUGUCCACUGUUCUGCUGGAGUUUAAUAACGUACCGAAAGCGCAAAAGGAGAACACUAAAACUAUUGGAAUUCAAACGGACAACAACGAAAGCCAUUUCAAUGGGACGGCCGUGCAAACUGAUACUAGUUUGAAGGCAUUGAUCGGAAGAUUGUACAAAGAUGUCAAAUUGUGGUUGGACUCUCAACCAAACAAGCUACCGACGAUUAUGUUUGUAGCUUUGUUUGGUACAGUGGUGUUUGGAUUUUGGUAUUUCCAUAUGCAGAUGAAAGCACUACAGGAGCAAAGCCAGAAUGGUUCGCAGACGAAUUCGAAUCGUAGUGAUGGCAGUAAUUACGCAGAACCGGUUGACUUUGGUGACGGGGAGAUUCGGGUUGGGAAGAUUAACUUUAACACACAGGAUAUUCUCGGGAAAGGCUGCGAAGGUACGUUCGUGUUUAGAGGGACUUUCGAGAAGCGAGAGGUUGCUGUGAAGCGGAUAUUACCGGGCUGCUUUACCCUUGCGGAUAGGGAAGUUGCUCUACUUAGGGAAAGUGAUGCACAUGAAAAUGUUGUUAGAUAUUUUUGCACUGAACAAGACCGACAGUUUCGUUACAUUGCAGUCGAACUGUGUGCUGCAACAUUGCAAGAUUAUGUGGAUAAAAAAUCUGUAGAAACACUACAGCAGCAGAUUUUGGAGUUGGAAAUUUUGUACCAAGCGACAAGUGGUCUGAUGCAUUUACACUCUUUGAACAUUGUACAUCGUGACAUCAAACCGCAGAACAUUUUGCUCUCAUUACCAGAUAACAGAAAACGAGUAAGAGCAAUGAUCUCAGAUUUUGGCUUGUGUAAGAAACUGAAUUACGGAAAAGCCAGUUUCUCGCGGCGUUCUGGUGUUACGGGCACCGACGGUUGGAUUGCACCGGAAAUGCAACGUGGCCAUCGAACCACAACAUCAGUCGAUAUCUUCUCUCUGGGAUGUGUGUUUCAUUACGUAUUAUCCAGAGGAAGUCAUCCGUAUGGGGAUAAUCUCAAGCGUCAGGCGAAUAUUCUUUCUCACGAGUACAAUUUGAUUGCUAUCCAUCGAGAUGGCAAACCAAGUAACACUUCAGUGCUAGCUGAACAACUAAUCACUGAUAUGAUCGCGGCUGAUCAAUCGAAGCGGCCACCGGCGUCAGCCGUUCGAAAUCAUCCGUUGUUCUGGGGCAACGAACGAAUCCUUUCCUUUUUGCAGGAUGUUAGCGAUCGCGUUGAAAAAUCCGACAUUCUAGCUGAACCAUUGCGGUCGUUAGAGCGCAAUGCUCGAUUCGUUGUGCGGGACGAUUGGAGCUUACACCUAGAUCAGGAAAUCACAAGUGACCUUCGAAAAUACAGAGGCUACCAGGGCUUCAGCGUCAGAGAUUUGCUCAGAGCACUGCGUAACAAAAAACAUCACUACCACGAGCUUACACACGACGUACAGCAGGCUCUCGGAACCAUCCCACAUGAUUUUACCAACUAUUGGAUCGGUCGGUUCCCCCAUUUGCUAGCGCACGCGUAUCACGUGUUGGUAGACCACUCGCUUGAACCAAUUUUCCGUUCGUACUAUAACGAAGACGUCGGUUACCGGUUCACAAAACCUGCCUACUUCGAGGAGAUAGGCAACGAAAAUUAUGAUCUGAUUCGGUAUUAUGAGACGGCGCAAAGAUUGAAGGCUACCCAAAGUCCCAAGCGUAAGGCUGCUUCGCAGGAACCGGAUACGGUGCUCUUCAAAUUGCAAAAUUCUCGCCGGGGAACGUACAAUUUCAACAACCAUUCGCCAGCGAACACAAGUUUCAUCACGCGAGAACAGAUGGUUGGAGGCACUGGAGCGACCGCUGCAGCGAAAACCACCGUCGAAGGUGUUAGUUAUGCGAAUGUUGCUGCGGAAAAAACUGAUAGCGACGAUUUCGUGACGGUUGUUAAUAAUAACAACCGCAGGAAGGCUAAUAAUAACAAUAACAACAACAACGUUCGUCGAAGGGAAAAUGCGAAGAUCACGUGGAAUCUGCAUCCGCAGGCAGAUUGAGCCGUACGAUAGUCACUAGCGAGGUAAUAGAUUGUAGCUUACAUGCCUACUUAUAUUUUUUAAAAAUUUGGUGUCGCUAUUUUCAUUCUGACCUCUUCUUAUGGGUGGUUGUUCUAAAAACCAGCAUUCCGCAAUAUUUCCGCCAGUUCAUUCAGGAUAAUUUGCAAAUCAUUUAUGAGCAAAAUUAUUUAGAAACACGGCAUCUAAAACUAUUUGAAUGGGUGUACCCACAUAUAUAUUUUGACGCUAAGUUUUGUUAAACCCACUUAUUGCUAUAAACCAGAUCUUUCUGUUGGAUAAGUUGUCAACUAUAGCCCCCGAUUGUUGUUUUCUAGUAUCAACAAUUAGCUUUGAUAAUUCGUAGUAUUGUUAUAAGCGUAUGACCUUUUUAUCAGUUAUUUAUCUAUAGAUAAUGCUUGUUUUAUUCAUGUGACGCAUAGUUUUCUCAUCAAAUCAAUCUGGAGAUGAAUACAUCAUCGAUUACGAUUUUCAGAGGAUCGACACUCUGACUUGGACUCAAUUACUAUGACUAAUUCUUAUAUAAAAUCAAUUCUAGCGUCGCUAGUUCGAUUUCCGUAAAACUUUCCUUUUGGUGAAAAAUUAAAUUGUAUGUCAAUUUAACCCUCCGGAAAUCACGCUAAAGGCGGCUCCUCAAAUGAGCAGCCGCUAAUGCCUAUCGAUGAUGAUAUUGCUUGAUUUUUUGAAAGCCAUGAAUCCCAAUAGGUUAUGAGCACUACACAGACAAUGUGGUAUAUUUGGUAUGAAGUUAUGGAAGUUGAGUUACGCCGGAUACCAAUACGGCAAUAUUGAAGCAAAUGGUAUAGCUUCAGAUGAAGGAAUGAGUGAUGGAAAGUAAAAUCUUCUAUUUCGACAGACUCUUAGUGCACAUGAAUUUACAGGGUUAGUGUUAAAAUUUCUAUUACUUUUUGGUAGCUCCCUCAAUCAUUCAUUAUUGCUAACGGUGUUGGAGAACUUGAAUGGGCUAAAUCUGAUCCCAUUUUAUUAGUUUGACUAUUAGGAUCCAGAUACCUUUUUUAUUUUGAAAACCAGAACUCAACACGAAAACGCGAUGAAACCGGAGAUCGUCGGGUUCGGGUUUCGGUAUAAAAACUCAGUCUUUAAUGAAUACCUGGCAGUUUUCUAAAACAUGUUCUAUUCUGUUCGUUCCAUUCCAUAGUACAACAAUUUGCUGUCAAACGACUGCAAUUUCUAAAAAUUUUAAUUGAAUUUUUCAGUACUAUAUUCUCUCCCCAAGCUGUUCUUCAACUGCUAAACAGAUGCACGCUUAAUCAUACCGUCCCUGAUUUGAGUUGUACUGUAUUGAUUAAACAGCACUUCCACGUACAUCGGUUUCAUUAACUUCUCGCAUCCAAUCAAUGAAUCGAACAAAAAAUAUAGUAUAACAGUUGAAGCACAUGAUUAAACCUUAAACCUGUUGAACCUGGUUUAAAAGAUAAGCGUGACUGAAGAAUUCGGCCCACGGACAGUAAAAAAUAACACGGAUGUUACGUUAUUAGACUAAAAAACAGAAAAGAUCUUGUGUUAAAUAUUUACAAUUGCCCUUCACUACCUAAAGUAGUAAUUAUUUAGAAUUGAAAAGAAAAAGUUGAAUGCGUGUGGAAAGAGAUCUCAUUGCUAGCAUCUUUUUUUGUCAUUUUGCUAUUGUACUAAUAUUCAACUAAUUUACUGAUUUGUUGAACCGAUAAGGCAGUAGGAGGAUAUGUUUUAAAUACAUUGAGAAGGUACACACGCGUUUGAGACUGUCUGUGAUACUUUAGAUAAACUAAUGUUAAAAGUAAGAAUGUAAGUUUUUAGUUUGGGGUGAAACAUUCACAAUUUUAUAAUCAGAUUUACAGAUCCUUUCUCGAUAUUCAUGAGCUCGUUAUCCUAAUGAGAAAACUACUUUUAACUGAGAGUUAUGGAAUAUCAAUGUCAAGGUCGAUUAGAGCAGGUUAGCUGUAUUGUAUCUUAUAACAAGCGAUCUAAACAAAGUGUAUAUUGUAGAGCAUAUAAUUUUACCGUGAUGAUUCA